UGCGUUAAAACCAAAGUAGUGGUUUCAUCAAGUUAUUGUGCUAAGGGAGGGUUAGACUAUAACUUUUUGAUCCGUCAUGUGUCUUCUUAAGAAUUCACUCCGCAGCUGUGAGUUUUAAUCUUUCUCCUUGGGACUCAGAGUCCUGCUGGUUUUCAUUCUAGUCAUUCAGUCAAGGGAUUGACUGAAUGCUAUUAAAUGUCAUUAACUGUGUGGUAGGAGAGGAAAUCAGCAAUACUACAGUAGGAGACACUGACUCACAUCAGUUCUAAUGCUUACUUCUGGAUCUUGUCUUUUAUUUGUUUAGAAUCUCCAAAACACCCGUAUAAAAAGUUCAUUUUUUUCACAGAGGUUAUAUGGAAUUGACCUGUAGCUUGAAAUACAGCUAAUAGUUCAAUGCCCUGCACCAACUGUGUUUGGUGGAAGCCCUGCCUAUGGUAUACAUACACACUAAUUUUGAGACUACCAGUUGUCAUUACAUUUCUGACAGUUUUUCUUAUGUCUAGUAUUACUGAGUGUUACUGUUCUUAUAACCACUUGGUGGCAGACUGAGUCUUUUAUUUGCUAUGUAUUACACUUGGGACACCGUUGGGGAAUCCUGUCCUGUGGUGCAGUGCAAAAACAGACCAUUAUUUUGUUAUCUCUUGUUGAAAAACUGUGUAAAAAUCCAAUGGUUCAAACCACAACAACAUUUUCUUUCGGCUGACGAGAUUUAACCUAAGGCGAAGGUUUUGCCUGUUUGCAAACUGAUUUGGCUUUGUUGCCUUUGUCACUCGAAGGAUACUUUCAGUUGCUGAAACUUUAAGAUGGACAAACCACAGAGGGACAGCCCGGCUGACCAAGACACGAGCGACUCGGGGAAAAAUUCUAAAAAGCAGCCAGUCACAGCCUGUCUGUUGAGUGCAGCCUUCUUCGGUGCCCUGGGGUCAUCUUUCCUUUACGGCUACAACCUCUCUGUGGUCAACGCUCCUGCUCUGUACAUUCAAGCUUUCUACAAUAAGACAUGGAAUGAGAGAUAUGGGGAGCCUGUUGGAGAAGAGACAGUCACCCUCCUCUGGUCCCUUACAGUGUCCAUAUUUGCUAUCGGAGGCCUUCUCGGAGCACUGUCCGUCUCUUUAAUCUUCAAAGUACUUGGAAGAAAGGGAACCCUGCUGCUGAAUAACAGCUUUGCUGUAAUAGCUGCACUGCUGCUGUCCCUGGGAGAGAAGGCUAAAUCUUUUGAGAUGCUCAUCAUUGGCCGGCUCAUAAUUGGGGUGGACUCUGGUAUAUCUCUCAGUGCCCUCCCCAUGUACCUGGGAGAAAUUUCCCCGAGACAUAUCAGAGGGUUCAUUGGCCAGUUCAACUCUAUCCUGAUCUGCUUGGGAGUGUUCACAGGACAAGUGCUGGGACUGCCCGAGCUGCUGGGCCAGGAGUCAAGGUGGAACUACCUGUUUUCGUUCCUGGCGUUGCCGGCAUUGCUUCAGCUCUGUGUGCUGCCCUUCCUCCCUGAGAGUCCUCGCUACCUGCUGAUAGAGAGGAAGGAUGAGGCUGGAGCAGAGAGAGCCUUCCAGAGGUUUUUGGGUAAGAAGGACGUAUCCCAGGAGCUGGAAGAAGUCCACGCGGAGGCUCGAGCUCAGGACAACCUACACACCGUCUCUGUGUUACAGCUGCUGAGGAGCCAAGCUGUUCGCUGGCAGCUCAUCACCAUCAUCAUCACCAUGGCCUGCUAUCAGCUCUGUGGCCUGAAUGCUAUCUGGUACUACACCAAUGGGAUCCUUCAGGAAGCGGGCUUUGCCGAGAACAUCGUCCCCUACAUCACGCUGAGCACCGGGGCUAUAGAGACACUGGCUGCCAUUAUCUCUGGCUUAGUAAUAGAACGAAUCGGGAGGAAGCCCCUCCUCAUAUUUGGCUUCUGCGCCAUGGCCGUGUUCUUCAGCCUACUCACAGUGUUCCUCAAUUUCCAGGACAGUGUGUCAUGGAUGCCCUACCUCAGUUACAUCUGUAUAAUGGCUGUGAUUGCGUCCUUUUGCUCUGGGCCAGGUGGCAUCCCCUUUGUCCUGACUGGGGAACUGUUCGAACAAUCCUACCGCCCGGCCGCCUUCAUGAUUGCUGGCACAGUAAAUUGGCUGUCCAACUGUGCCGUGGGCCUCUUGUUCCCCUUCAUUCAAGAGACACUGCAGACCUUUACCUUCCUGGUGUUUGUGGUGGUCUGCACCUCGGGAUCUAUCUACCUCUAUGUCGUCCUUCCUGAAACCAAAAAUAAAACGUUUAUGGACAUCAGCCAGAGCUUUGCCAAGAUCAACAAAAUCCUUGUCCCCUCCCCCAGCCAUGAAAUGGAGCUGGUACUUUCCAUGAAGUCUGACAUGAAUGGUAAAUUCCAAGAUGUCACUAAGAUGGAGAGUUCCUUCUAACCGAGGAAACUACGUUAACUACAGAGUAACAGGAUUUAAGUACAACGUAUUUGUUGUUUUUACAUAUUUAUUUAAUCACUGUGAUCAGUGAAAUGACGAUCCAUGCUUUUUGGCAGUUUCAAUAUACAGUAUUUUGCUAUUUUGUAUAUGUUUUGUAUGACUGGAAUAUUUAGGUAUAUUAAAGUAUUUCAGUUUACUGCAAUUGUUUGUGAAUGUCUCUCAUUAGAAUUAAACAAACCAGCUAGAUUUCCUGUUCUACAGUAUAAAAAAUAAAAUAAAAUUGCAGAAACCCUGGAAUGUUUUGGUUACUCAACAUUUGCAAAAGGGAUAGCAAUGGGGCGUGCAUAAAAUAUUGAUGGAAAGGGAUAGAGUCUCACUAAACUAUUAAACUUAAACCUGCAUUAAGUGAUUAGUUGGUGUUUGCUGUUUUAUCAGAACAGUAACGUUGCAAGCCAGAAAAAACCAAAACAAUGAGCUGAAAGAAGCUAAAACGCUCCAUAACACUGAGGGGAACUGCAGUCAGGUGAUAAUUCACUGUGGAUUUGUCAAUGCAAGUGACCACUAUCACAUUACAUACAGUGAUUUGAUCCAUUGUCAAUAUGAAAAUAUUGAUCAGAGCAGCUUUAAUGAACCAAAUAUCCUAUAUUUUAAGGCAAAACAGAGGAAUGCUUGAAUGCUUCAAAUGGAAGCUGAUUAUACUUAAAGAACCGGGUAGGGGGCAAACGUGUGUCUGAGGAGAGACAUAAUUUUGCAGGAUUAUAACCCUAAUACUGAUGUCUUGGUUAACUUCCUAAUAUGGACAACAAGCGAGAGAACUCAGAUAGUGCAGUAAAGCUGACAGGGACAGUCUUUUGGAGCCUAUCCAAAUCUGAAAGGAGCCGAGGCUACUUCCCACCAGAUGGCGGAAGCCAGCGGAGGAAGUGAUAUGAACAGAGGCAGACAAGCGUGGCAUUGGAUGGCAGUCACAGUUUGCUCCAAGGUAGGGUGUACUCACAUUUCAAAGUCCACUGACUAGAGGGGUAACAUCCCACCCUCUCAUAUAGAGUCACACAGACACAGACACAAAGGUGUGUGUAUUAUACUAUGAUAAAGGGUGUCCAAGUAUUCAAAUGGCAUUGUAGGACAUAGGUGGGGAAAUUUCAGCACGCCAUCAAUUUUAGUUUUAUUCCUGAUCAUAUCCAGUGAGUUAUUACCGCACAUUAAAUUUGUCCAGCUGACAAGCAGGCAUGGAAGUGAGCAGAAUAAUAAGUGCAGGUGUUGUCUAUUGUAGCUCUGUUCCAGUAUGUUACUCUCUAGGAGUUAUAUUGUCAGCAGCAUUAGUUUGUGGGUAAUUGACAGAAAG